CCGGGGAUUUCGAAACCUUCGCGAACUGCUCUGCUUUAAUCUACCGCCCCCCCUUUCGCCCUUUCGCCCAUGAGCCAGGGGCCUCCACCGGCCUGUUGCAUAGCCGGCUCCUUGUCGCAUCGACACUACACGACGACCGCCGGGCUGACCUCCAUCCUCGCCAGCCCUCCGCGGCCGCACCCCGGGCUUCAUGGACUCGACCUUUCAGGACAGCCCUACCAUCGGGAGAACAGUGGUUUACGCGGCCAAUAGCCCGCUGCCGCCCCCGCCAAACGCCGCAGCCUCCCGCAGGUCGAGACGGGUACCCGCAAGCCCACUUUCUACGGACUUGUCCUUUUCCGACUCUGCGUCUGCCGCCAUUCCACGCAUCGUAACCACUGCAGCUUCCGAAGAUCACCCGUCCCAGGCAUCCGAAAAGACAUAUUUCAACAGCGAUUCCUCAGGGAGCACCACGCCCGAGGAGAGGAGCCCCGGACCGGCACCGUCUCCCCUCUCGCUUCGCUUCCCGAAUGAGGCGCGCAGUGUUUCUGACCCCAUAGCAGCCACUCAGCCUCCCGCGGGCGCUCCUUCGAGCCAGCUCUCGACCAUGUCUGGUCCGGCGGGCGAGCGGGCAGAGCCCGCUAAGAACCCGCCGCGGAACUCGUCGAUCGACUCCGCAAUUUCCGCGAUCUCCUCCAGGUCCAACCUCCAGAAGACGUCGCAGGACGGCGCCAUUGCGCCGGACGAGAUUGCAAAUCUGAUCAAGACAGCCGGCAGCGCCGAAGCGGUCAUUCAAUACCUACUGAAAGAAAAGCAAUCACAAUCCCAGCAAAAUGCGCAGCUCUGGAGGCUGGUGGACAAGCAGAGGGCCAUGAUUCUAGGCCUCAAUAAGGACCUUGAGCGGGCCUUGAAAGAUAAGGAAAAAUAUAGGAAGAAACUGAAGGAGGUUUUGGGCGGGUCUGAGGCAGCACCGGCACUCUCAAUACCCGCGCCAAGUUCACAAGAAGCGAGUUCGAGAGUCCCCGACGCUGCUAGUUCGUCGCCGAAAGAGCGUGUCCUUGAGAUCCCCGUGUCUCCCAAGACCGUCAUUCCGGGCGAGCACAAACACUCGCCCAUCGACGUGACUUUGGCCCCGUACCCCAUAACUCCGCCGGCGGACCAUGCGACCGCCGCCCAUGCUCAGUCGACCGUCGGUGAGUUGCUCGACCCGACGCACACGAUGCCGAAACCGAGCGAGCAUGCCCUAGAUCACUACGACCACGAAGCGCAAGAACGGGAGGCGGAAGCUGCCUCGAAGCGGGCCGAGGAAGCAAAAGAGAUUCCCAUCAACAUGACCCUCCCGCCGUCUCGUACUGCGCCCCGCGAGCCGCCACCUAAUCCCCCGCCGCGGCCUCCGGUUGGGCUACCAGACCGAUCCCCGCGACCCGAAGAGGGCGCUUCAAAGUUUCCCCCGCCCCCGGCCCCGCCACCGCGCAAGCCACCUCCGGCACCUUUGCAUCUCAAGAAUGCGAAGCCGAAGCCCAGCGUCGCCCCGGAAGAGGAUCCCGAGACCGAUACCGAUUAUGACCACAUCCUGGAAGUAGACGAGAUGAACCAGGAGGAACGGAGAGGGCGGCGAAGGACGCGAGAAGAGGACGACCGGGAACGUGCGAUACAGGCAAAGAAGGAGGCGGAGAUGCGCAGUCUGUCGAAGAAGAGCAAAAAGAGCAGCAGUCGGAAGGCUACGGAUCAGGCGCAGGCGCCUCCAGCCGAGAUCCCCGCCGACCCUAGGCUUGUGCAGAACAACCAGAGUCUUGCUCCGCCCGAGACAGCGUCUCUCGCCGGCGUUCUCAACGGCGCCCCUGAUUCCCGCGCUAUCCCCCCGCCUUUGCUUAGCCCGGGCCUUCCCGCCAGUCCGAGACCUAUGCCUCCGAAGUCGCCGGUCCACUCGCCGCCACUCUCUCAUGGUGCUUCGAAUUUCCCUGGCGUGCCUCUUUCGCCCCGGCCACCGCGAGCUCCCAUUCCGUUACCGCCCAACACCCCCCUCCAGACGCCCUCACCCGCAGGAGAUCCUUUGGUGUUGAAGUCACCAAGACCACUCAACAUCAGGAAGCAAGAAGAACAAGGCUCUGGGACUCCGAGCCCUACCAAAUCCGGCACGGAUAGUCCGACCGAGCGGACCAAGAUCUACAAGGGCUUUGUGACCGAGGAGUAUCCCGACCUGCUCCUUCCCCCCAACGCGCUUCCGUCCAUCGAUAUCAAGGUUGCUUCGUCUCGCAUGAAGCCUUCCAGAGCCAGCUUAAUCUCGUUGACGCAGCUAGAGGAGGAUCCCGUUUUCACGUUGGCCGUUUAUUCGAGGGCUGAUGGGGGCGAGCUCUGGCGCAUUGAAAAGGACUCUGCGUCGCUCGCCAAGCUGGACCAGCGGCUUAAGCAAUGCCCGGCGUUUACGGCCAAGACGCCGGAUCGAUCCCUUUUCAGUGGCCAUGCUCCAGCAAAACUCGAUGCCCGACGUGUUGCUCUAAAUCAGUACUUGGACGAGUUGCUAAACACGCCCUUGGACCACGCCACGGCGCUCGAGCUUUGCAAGUACUUAUCCACCAACACGUUGCCCCCCAACGCAGACGAAACCGGGAGCUCAACCGGUGACCACAAUGGCGAAUCAUCAAGGGUCGGGCCAGGCGGACGGCCGUUCCGCAAUGGCUACCUUACCAAGCGAGGCAAGAACUUCGGAGGCUGGAAGGCGCGUUACUUUGUCCUUGACGGGCCGCAGCUCAAAUACUACGAGACUCCUGGAGGCGCGCAUCUGGGCACCAUCAAACUCAAGGGGGCACAGAUCGGCAAGCAAGCACAUAAUUCCAACGACGGCGCAUCGGGUCAGGGAGGUGCUGCGGAGGACGGUGAUAACCAGUAUCGCCAUGCGUUCUUGAUCUUGGAGCCCAAGAAGAAGGACCCGUCUAGCAUGACGAAGCACGUUUUGUGCGCGGAGAGUGACAAAGAGCGCGACCAGUGGGUUGACGCGUUGCUUCGCUGGAUCGACUAUCGCGAUCCCGAUGACGAGGAGCCUUCCAGGAAGGAAUCCCAUCACGAACGAAACGGUGAACGCGGAGGCGGCAAGAAGAAGUCAGGGCAUGGCCAGGCGAAACAGCAUGGUUCGCAGCAGGGCACCGCUACGGACGAUGGCCUGAUUGGUGUGAGCUACGAAAACACCAAACAAGGUGACAUCCCACAUCAGGGCGUGCCAAUAAAGGGGAAGCAAUCAGGGCAGCAGGAUCAGGAGUCGACGCACAGUCAGUCGACGGCAUCUUCGUACACCAUCUCGGCGCCGCACAAUCCGCAGCUGAUCUCGAACUCGGACGCGUGGGGCAGCAAGCUCGGCAUGGGCCUUACGCCGCCGACGCAGGAGGAGAAGAAGGCGAGGAAGCGCAGCUUCUUUGGGUUCGGUCCCAAGACGAGGACUUCGAGCGACGGCCAGGACUCGCUGCUCGGCAGCGAGGGUGGAAACUCGCUGCCGACGGGCCAGUAUCACGGACCGGUCCGGCAGGCCUUCGGCGCCUCGCUGGCGGAGGCGGUCAAGUACAACCCCCCUGCGGACGUCAAUGUUCCGCUGCCCGCUGUAGUCUACAGGUGCAUCCAGUACCUUGACUCGAAGAACGCCAUCUUUGAGGAGGGCAUCUUCCGUCUGAGCGGGUCGAACUUGGUCAUCAAACAACUGAGGGAGCGAUUCAACAACGAGGGCGAUAUUAACCUGCUCACGGACGGGCAGUAUUAUGACAUUCAUGCGAUCGCGUCGCUGCUCAAAAUGUACCUUCGCGAGCUGCCGAGCACGAUCCUGACCAACGAACUGCGGUCGCAGUUCAUUGCCGUCACCGAGAUGACAAAUCACAAGGAAAAGAUGGCGGCGCUUGCCGAGCUCGUCGAGCGGCUCCCGCAGGCGAAUGCGGCGCUUCUCAAGUAUCUGAUCUCUUUUCUGAUCAAGAUCAUCGAUCACUCGGACGUCAACAAGAUGACGGUUCGCAACGUUGGUAUCGUCUUCUCGCCGACGCUGAACAUUCCGGCGCCGAUCUUCGCCAUGUUCCUGCAAAAUUACGAGGCCAUUUUCGGGAUCGAUCCUGCCGAGUAUGAGCUGCCCAUUACAGAGCCCGAGUACAGGCAGGAGCGCCGUCCCUCGCUCCCCGCAUCGUUUCAGGAGCGCCGGCCGUCGGACGGGCGGCCUUCGACCUCGCACAGCGACUCUCCCCACAGGCAGCGCCUGAUGGAGUCUCUGGACGCGCAGGGCAACCGGAGCACGCCGACGCCGCCGCCCAUGACGAUGCAGCAGUUGGCACAGAUGAACGCGGCCAACCGGCACGCGAGGAACACGCCGACACCGCCGCCACAACAGCGGCAGAUGAGCCACGACAGACCGGCGUACGAGAGCAGCCUCGGAAUGCCUCCUGGACUCGAUUCUAGCCACUCCCAAGCAUCCCAGCAGAAGCCGCACCCCGGGUACGACCGACCGCCGUACGAGAACGGGCUGUCGCCGGCGCCGUAUGAGCAGCAGUACCGCAGCCGCCGCGAAAGCACCAUGUUUAUGGGAUCGCUCAGCCAGCAGCCUUCUAAGAGCCGGCUGCGCGAGGAGGCGCAGUACUAGAGCGACUUCAUGGGAAUUUUUUUUUUUUCCCUCUCUUCUCUUCUGUCGCUUGUCUCGGGGGACAGGAUUAUUAUACCCGGAAUGCACAGCCACCUUCAAUGUCCUCUCCUAUCCGUUUCCUAAAGAUACCACUCCGUCGUUUCGAUUCGUUCUUGAUUUGCUCCACGCGAGCUUCCUUUCUCUCGGGUUGUCAAAAGAUACCGAGGUCGGCCCCUUUCUUCGCCCAACCCUUCCCACCACCAACCAAACGACUUGUACGAUGUUACUGAAGCGAGCGAGCCAACGAGCCAACGUGUUGCAACAGGAGCGAU